GCGCCACACACAUGCAAAGUAAACGGACACUGGAGCACCAACAAGGGAACUGUCCUGCCGCAACUCUCCGCCGAGGAAACUAAACUGAGUCUGCGGUGACACGGAGGCUUUGCUCCUGUGUUUCUGUCCUCCUGUGUACGGAAAGCCGAGUGGAAUAUAACCUGAAAGUUCGCCUUUACUCGGAGAAUAAAGAAAGGCUGAUCCACAAGAUGAAACCCGAGCUGGAGGACCAGAAUGGCUGCACACAUUAAACACCUGGAAUUAUACUUUCUUUGACAACAGCUCACAGAUUUGCCAGAUAAUUCUGGAAGGAACUCUCCUGAACUCCUGCAGAAGCUAGUUUCAUUUCUCUCUGUGGAUUAUAAGUGACAGACUGCCAUCAUGCCGAUUCUCAAGCAGCUGGUGAACAACUCUAACCAGUCGAAGCGGCGGUCCAGAGCUGACCUGACCGCUGAGAUGAUCAGCGCACCACUGGGGGACUUCCGCCACACCAUGCACGUUGGCAGAGGAGGAGAUGCCUUUGGGGACACUUCAUUUCUUAGCACACGAUCAGGGGAACCUCCCAGGGAGCCAGAGACGAAGCACGGCUCCCCGGGGUCCAAACCGGGACUGCUGUCCCGUACAUUCAGGAGCAGCAAACGCUCGCAAUCAGUAAACCGAGGGGACAAGUAUGACUACAAUAUGAUGGCGCCUUCUGGUGGCUCGUCCAACUAUGUGAAAAACGCCAUUUCCCUGCCCUACCUAAAUGAGGAGGAUAUUAACAGAGGCAACCAGCUGCCGAAGAGUGUUUCCUCAAGCCCCAUGAAGAGGCUGUCGGAGAUCGAAAGCAGGCCUGUAAAUGGAGCGGCAGCGAUGGCGACACUGGAUGCAGAGUUUGAAGAGCGGAAUUUCGGCGAGCUUACAGAUUUGCCUCAAUCCAUGCCUAAAGGAGGUGGAAUGAAGCACGCAGAGUCUAUGAUGUCCUUCCACAUUGACCUGGGGCCCUCCAUGCUUGGGGACAUCUUGAGCGUGAUGGAGAAGAAAGGCUGGGAUGAGGACGACCUUGGCUAUGAAGAGGGCAAGGGCAGCGAGGGCCGUGCAUCACCCUCCCUCAUUCCUCACAUAGAUGAUGACGACGCAGAAGAGCAAGCCCCUGCAAGGCCACCUCGCAGCAUGUACCAGCAGAAGCCCACGGUGGAUCCCUACACCCCGGAGCUACACACCAGGAACAAUCACCACAACCUGGACAGCUGCUCCGUGUCCAGCUCUGGCUCUGUCACUGAGGAGAAACCUCAGUACCACCUUCAUGACGGCGACACGGACAGUGCAAAGUACAGCUCGCCACGUGGGGAGGAAGAUUUCACCUUCAUGGAUGACGACGACGAUGAGAUUCGAGUUUAGACUAAACUGGUACCACUGCCACGGAUAGUCUCGGACACUAAUGGAGAAGCUGGGAAAGGCUGCGGAGGGAUUUAGAGGCAGGGCCACUUCUGCUUUAAGCUUCUUGUAGAUCAGUCUAAUUUCUGCACACUUUGUUCAACAUCAUAAAUCAAACCAAUUAAGCCUUAUUCACCGUGCUGUAGCAAGGAGAUAUGAGCGGAGUGCAUGCCAGAGUGCAUACAGACUGGCUCUCAGAGUGGAACUCUUGACAGGUUUGGGUGUGUUGAUGGUUGCUAAUUUUUGCAACAUCAAACUCUGAACUCAUUAUUAUUGGGGAAUUCUCCAUUUUCAAAUAAGACUGGCUCCUGCGUUCAAAUCUUCUCCUCCUCAAAGGUGCUUUAACAAUGAGCAAGCUAUUGGUUAUGAGCAUCACACUCGUUUUAAGAAGUAAAGGGUGACCAUAGGGUUAGAGGACUGUACCCCCAGCUGUCAAUCACAUUAAUAUCACAUUUGGGGUGUGAUGUGUGAGGUGAGGAGGGUGUACGAGUUCAGAAACCGGAUGAGGACGUGUACUACAGAUUCUGAACAAGGAAGGAAAAGGACAAGAAGUGAAACUCUUUCUAAUCGCUGAGUGUGGAAGUGAUCAUGGAGCUUAAUUUCCCAAUGACAAUGUCUUGGCAUAGACACUAAAUAGAUAAAGUAGUUAAUUACUUUUGUCCACGUCAGAGUCUAAGGGGUGAUUUCUGGUAUUUUUUACAUUAUUUGGUGUACAUAGAGUAUUUGGAAGUUGGUCUACAGUAGCCUGUAUUUGUUAGUUUACUUUUUUGCUACUGUCUCUCUUUGGCACAAGGCGUUUUCGGACCGAACGGUUCUGGGGACUCCUGGACAGGAAGUGUCCAUCCAAGGACCACACACCUUCAAGGGUUUUUUUUUCUUUUUUGUUUGCAUUCGCACCACCAAGAGGAACACGUAAGUGACGUACUGUAAGCUGGCCAGUGGUUGGUAUACAGGGUUCCCAAGGUCAUGGAGAACUUGGAAAAGUCAUGGAAUUUUUUUGUUUGUCAUGAAAUUGUUGCAGUAAUCUCAAGUGGAUAACCUUCCACAAAAUGUAAACUAAUGGCAAAUUUAUUUUCUGUAGCUGUUGACGUAAUGUAGCUGGGACACACUGCGUUUUGUUUACCGAUGUCAUUAUGUUUGAAUAACACUAGGCAAGUACAGAAAAAAAAUUGACAUGGACAAUGUUGGGGGUUUGUCACUUGAGCAGUGCCAAUGCGCACUUUGCUUCUGUUUUAACUGCUCUGGAAGUAGAGCAUAGUAGUUUGAAGGUACGGCGCAUUCUUUUCUUUCAAACAAAUUAACCAACAAGCCAAUCCAGAAGAAAAAUUUGCUGCUCACAGUAGCCUUUGUUUCAUCAGACACAUAUCAACUUCUUAUUUGGAGAUUAUUGAUUAUGUUCCACCCCAGGAAAACUAAGUAGCAAAAGAAUAACUGAGCAGGAGUUAUUUUGUUGUUGCGUUCUGUUUGUGUUAUAUGUCGUGAAGUCAUGGGUCGUUGAAAAGUCAUGGAAAAGUUUCAAUUUUUGUCCAUGACGAUUUGUGGGAGCCCUGAAUUGUGUUGUAUUUCCACCAUCACAUAUGCUCACUAAAGCCUGGACUUUACUUCCUGUGUUUUCUUAAAUUUUUUACAAGCUGUUGUUUGCUUUUUGUGUUGUUUACAUGGCUAACAGGUUUUUCAAAAUGGCAGUUGCCGGCGCUGCAUUGGCUGUAUUUGAUCAGUCAAUCUACACUUACGUCACUCAUGGUUCCUCUUGUGCUGGAGGGUAACUGCUCUGACAUAGGAGCUAAAAAAAGUCCCUUAAAAUGAUGUUCUAAGAGCUACGAUUGUUCCUAGUUCCUGUGGUGCGGAUAUGACAAAAAUGUGGGUUCUUUGAGCUAUGAAAAGCUCCUCUGGUCCAAAAACGCCUUUAAUCUUCAUUGUUUUAACUCACAGAGAGCUGUGGUAUUUAUUCUUAUAAGGGAUGGAUCAUACUUAACGUGCACUGCUAGGUCUUAAAAGUUUAGAAUUGGGGUCUUUCUGAUGUGUUGAAUUUUUUUUUUUACAAAAAUUACAUGGUACUACAGAGUGAGCCAACUACUUUUACUUUUACUUUUACUCAAGUAGACAUAAAAUUAUCUUAAGUCACAUCAUUCCCGCUAUCACUGUCACGACAAGGCUGUAUUAGACGACAAUGACUUCUGUUUUACAAAAUCACCCGCUGCUAGUGAAGGCUUUUUUACUUGUGAAUUGUCAAAAAAAGAAGGCCUUUGGUAUGUGUUCUGUGUCCUGUACUUUUUAAAGACAGGACAGAAGUGGUGAUUGUGGCUAAUAGUGUGUUAUUCUGUGUCAUCACAUCUCAUUCCACAUCAUUGCUGAGGUUGGUAGGAUUAGCAGGUCAGCAGAGAGGCAUAAACACGUUUGAAGGGGAGUUGUUGCAGUAGACAAAUUGUUAUAUUAAAAUUAAUAGUUAUGGCUCUUCCCAAAACUCUCUCCAGACAUGUGUUCAGACUCGUCUCUAAGGGCAGAGAAAGGAAGUGAAAACAUGUUCAAAGUGUUAUUAGAGCGCAGCUACUUAAUAGAUGGGCAUCAGGUAUGUCUCGGGGCAGUGAAAGCGGCGGAUAUUUCCUGAACUGGCCCCACAAGUGAUACUAUCCACCUCCUCCACACAACCCAAAUCACACAGUAGGAACAGAUGAUUAAAUCAACCCAUCAUCUGGCCUUUCCCUGUCUACUCAUUAAAUGUGCUGGAUUAUUGGCCCCCAACCAGCUGGAACUGCUCCAGAAACAGCAGGGUCAGGAACAGACAGGUGGGCUGUUUCUCUUUGGCUUUUUUUGUGUUUAUGCUUUUACAGUGCGCGCUCGCUCAGUCGGCUCCUCCAGGUUACUUUCAGUUCUAAGUAAGGCCAAAAGAGGUGUACUCUCCUCUCCGAUAUCCCAUGAUUAAUGUCUGACCUUUUUUUUUUAGUUGGUGUUAGAAAACUAAUUGCCAGGUUUGACGAAUGGGAGCUUUGAAUUUCCUGUUGUGGCACUGAUGCAGGGGUGUGUACACAGAAUCAGGAUGCUGUGCCAUUCUGCCUCGGGCUAUUGUAAUGUUUUGGAAACACAUCUACAUGAACAGACUGAGAGAAGUUCUGAAAUUAAAGGGAUAGUUCAGAUCUUUUGAAGUGGGGUCAUAUGAGGUAUCCACAGUUAGUGUAUUACAUACAGUAGAUGUCAGUGUCGCCUCACAGCAAGAGUGUUCCUGGUUUGAACCCAGGGUGCGGGAGCCCUUCUGUGCAGAGUUUGCAUGUUCUCCCCGUGUCAGCGUGGGUUUUCUCCAGGUACUCCAGCUUCCUCCCACAGUCCAAAGACAUGCAGGUUAAUUGGUGACUCUAAAUUGUCUGUAGGUGUGAAUGUGAGUGUGAAUGGUUGUCUGUCUCAGGGAUCAUGUUAACCGGAUAUUCUCGGUCAUUGACCGGUUUUUUACAACAAUGACCGGAAAAUCUGAAGGCCGUUGGUCAUUUUGACCGGUUGCAAUUACCACCCCUGCCCACUUGGUGGUGGAGUGCACAGUACUGCAGAGAAAAAGUCAUCAUCUGCUUCAUGUAGCGUUGUUGACAUAACGCCCUGGACACACCGGACGCGGAACCGAAGCACGGUGCCCAGCAGCAGAGGCAGUUCUCAGUCAGUGCCCAUGUUAACCUAUCUGACUGUCCACACAGUCUGCUGAGCAGAGCAGAGCGCCCGCGGACUAAAGGCAGCGCUUCAGUUCGGCGUCUGGUCUAUUUUUCACGGGAGCUGCGAGCGCUUCUGUCUGGAUCGUGCAGCUCGUACCAAACAGGAAGUCUGACACAGAAAAGAUGAGAGAAUCCAGACAAUUUUCAAAAUAAAAUAACAACAGCACGCACUGAGGAACGUGAGCCUACAGGCAUAACUACAUAACGCCCUGGACACACUGGACGCGUUAGUGACAUGUUAGUGCCGUCCGGUGUGUCCAGGGCAAAGCCUAAUGGCACGGGUGUGUGGAUGUCUGUUCAUCUUUUCGUGCAUGCCCUUAUUAAUGCACACUUUAUAACUUGCUUGUUGGAUUUAUUAAAAACGAAGGAAUUAAAACUAAAUGUCUUUGAAUAUCUUCUAAAAUCUUGAAUAUCUAAAAACGAAAAUUAAAAUGACCGGUAAAAAUAGAUUAUGACCGGAUUUUUAUGACCCUGUCGGUCAAAUGAACGGCAACGAAAAAGUCUAGCGCAACGUCUGGUCUGUCUCUAUGUGUCAGCCCUGUGAUAGUUUUGUGACCUGUCCAGGGUGUACCCUGCCUCUCACCUAGUGUCAGCUAGGAUAGGCUCCAGCCCCCUGUGACCCCUAACAGGUUAUGGAAAAUGAAUGAAUAAAUGAAUAUACCUUGCUGUCAGACAGCGUUUCCUUUCAGGGAACUGAAGCCGUUACAUAACUGUCUUCAAAGCCAGACUCAAUUGAGAAAAACCAUGAAUUAACAUCGCUGAACGGAGCUGCUGAUCUACCUCUGGCUUGGUCAGUUUUUGUUUGUUAUUGUGUGACUUUAGUGUUUAAAGUAGUUUGUUUAACAUGAACAGUUUGUAUUCAACAAAGUCACACAGUAACACAAACGAACUGAUCGAGGUGGCAGUAGACCAACAUCUCCAGGGUUCAGCGAGCCAAAAUUACUGUUUUUGUCAAUAGAGUCUGGUGGCUUUGACGAGAAAAUAGAUGGGGAACUGAAGCCGUUACAUUGCUCUCUUCAAAGUCAGACUUCAUUUUUAGAUUAUUUUUUUUUUCGGUGGCAAAAAUAUAUUUUGCUGUUGCCCCCAUCCACAGCAGUACAUUGCUUAGCUUCUGUAGACUCCUGCCUGCUUCUUCAAACUGGGGGCGCGUUGACUGACAUCUACUGUAUUUAAUACACUGACUUUGGAUGAGCACCUCAUACAACCCCACUUCAAAAAAUCCGAACCACCCCUUUAAAAGCGAUCUGGAGGAAACUGCCAAGUAUGUUCUAAUUAUGUUAUUUGGGUAACGUUAGCAGGAUGUUUGAUCUUGUUUCUUUUUUAUUUACUUAUGUAUAGAAAUGCAGUAAGAUAAGAGUCAGAACUUUUUCAUGUUUUGAUGUAAAUGGGCCAAACUUUAAGAUGUCUCUUAGCUUCUUAUUGUGAAUUGUGUGGUUUGUGGAUUGUUUGGGCAGCUGCAAUCCUUCAUGUUCAUCACUAAGAAAUGGACACUAUAAAAAAAAGAAGAAGAAGAAAAACACUCCUUAUCUGCUGUUGUUUUAAUCAAGUAAUGUAAAUAUAAUUUGUGCCAUCGAUGAUUACAGUAAACAAUCUUUGUUAUCGGCAGUGAGACUCUGUGGUACUAGCAUGAGAACCAGAGGAAUGUUAGCGGCUCCAACACUAAAUAGCACAGCUGCGGCCAAAGUGUACUUGCAAGUGAAUUUGGAAGUGGUAAAUAGAGAAUCAUGGGAAAGUAUACUAAAUUACACUAAAAUACUUUAUUGUAAAUGUCUUAACUUUCUGGCGUUUGCUGUGUUGCUGUUGGGAACUCCUAAGUAGGCCAGAAUAAACCAUAUAAAGGAAUUUGCAAAUACUCUGUGCCCCAGGUCUGCUUAAAAGUUUCCCGUGCCCUGACAGCUGCGGUUUGGUGAGUGGCAAAAAAAGAUAAGGACUGCGAAAAAACAACUGGCUCAAAGUUCUGCUGUUGAAUGUUUUCUCUUUUUUUUUCUAUUCAGUGGCUGUAGUGUUAUGCCAAGUAUGUACUGUUUUCCUUUCCUACUCCUUAUUCUGGUUUUACAGUAUAUUAAUAUAUUUACCUUCCUCACUUUCCUUUCUUUGAAAUAACAUCUAUAUUUUUCAAUAAAAGAGAAAGCUGGUAAUCUUUAA